UUUUUCACCGGGAAUUUUCAAAACAAUCCGCUGUCAUGUGAGGUUCCAAAUCGGCAAGAAACAACUCACAAAAGGGCCGUCGUCGCCUCGUUGGUUCAAAAACUAUUCAGGCUUCAAUGAAAUAGUGCAAUUUUAGCUCGUAAUUACAGGCGAUGGCUCCUUCCGCCGCUGGUGCUACACCUCUCCGCGCAUCGUCCACAGUGUCAGAACCACCUGCUUCAGGGACAUGGGUCCGGCAGAGCAAUCUGCACUGGUACCAUCGAUGGAUGAUCCGGGUGCUACAGGCCGGUCCGAUACCUGCGCACGUCGCAUUCAUCAUGGACGGUAACCGACGGUACGCCCGGAAAGCGAACAUUGCCAAAGCGGAGGGCCACUCGGCCGGGUUCGAGAAGCUUUCCGAAACACUGCAGUGGUGCCUGGAGGUGGGAAUCAGCGAGGUGACGGUGUACGCGUUUAGCAUCGAAAACUUUAAACGCACACAGGAGGAGGUGGACACGUUGAUGAAUCUGGCUCGGGAAAAAUUCCAACGACUGCUAGCGGAAAGGGACAAGCUGCACGAGCGGGGCAUUUGCAUUCGAAUCAUCGGUAACUGGGAUCUGCUCGAGCCGGACAUACGGCGCAGCAUCGCGGAAGCGGUACUGCUGACCAGGCACAACCGUAACGCCAUCCUGAACGUUGCGUUCGCGUACACAUCCCGGGACGAAAUUACACAUUCCAUCCGUACGGUUGCGCAAGCCGUCGGCGAUGGGCAGCUCGAACCGGAGGACGUUAGCGAGGAGCUGCUCACCCGCUGCCUGUACACAAAGUAUUCCGCCGAACCGGAUCUGCUGGUGCGCACAUCCGGUGAGGUGCGGUUAAGUGAUUUCCUGCUCUGGCAAUCGGCCACAACCGUCAUGUACUUUACCGAAACGCUUUGGCCCGAAUUUACCAUCUGGCAUCUGCUCGGUGCGGUGUUCUACUAUCAACGGGUACGCUGGCGGAUGAUGGACGUGCGGGAAACGUUAGACCAAUACACUGCCGGUACUAGUGUAGAGUUGUGCGGCAAGCGAAAGGAGCGUAUCGGCCGGUUUUUGGAGUACGUCGAGCGGGAGGAGGAACAUUACCUGAUGCGGCUGGUACGGGGGACGGGUAUAAAAUAA